UCCACUACUCACUUAUCCUUAUCCUUAGUAUUAUCCUUAGUAUGGGCAGCUGGAGUGGACUUAUAACUGGUUUCUUACCACUAUAUGUCAGCAUAUAGUUGGCUUUAUUUCAAGGGAACAGAGAGUACUUAUUUCCUGCUUCGCUAUGUAGUUCGCUAACUUUUUAACGGUCUGCAAUCUGGACGUUGCACUAACUUUGGAGAAAACUGUUGGAAACUUUUGACAGGUUUGUAUUACUUGUUUUACUAACAGUUAGAGACACUCAGUCGCAUCCACAGUGACAGAUUUCCCUCUCGUUAUGACGGUGUAAAGAGCACUAACUUGGGAGAAAACCGUCGGAAACUUUUAACAGGUUUUUUUAUUAACCGUUAGAGAAAAACAGUCGGAUCCACAGUGACAGAUUUCCCCGGCUCUAUGACGGUGUAAAGAGCCAGGAUCCACCAUGACAGAGCGGACUCCUCUCCUCCACUACCGCCUCUCGGCCAGCGUCAAUGAGUCCGAGUGUCGGGCCCCUCCGGCCGGCCUGGCCCCGCAGCAGCACCCGGUCGGACCCCGGAUGAAAAGCAGCCUCCAGCGGCAGCAACCGAAGAAACUGUCGGUGUUUUUCGGGGUGGUGAUCCCGACCCUGCUGUCCAUGUUCAGCGUGGUGGUCUUCCUCCGGAUAGGCUUCAUGGUGGGCCACUCCGGACUGUACCAAGCCAUCUUCAUGUUCCUGUUGAUGUAUUUCAUCAUCUGCAUGACGGUGCUGUCGGUCUGCGCCAUCUCCACCAACGGAGCGCUGGACGCCGGGGGGGCCUACUACAUGAUCAGCAGAGCGCUGGGUCCGGAGUUCGGAGGAAGCAUCGGCAUCAUGUUCUUCCUGGCCAACGUGUGCGCCUGCGCCCUCUUCGUGCUGGGCCUGGUGGAGGCCAUCGUCGACACCUUCGGGGUGCCGGAGGGUGGGUCUCUGGCCUCCUCCCCCUACCAGGUGCUCCCCUCUGGUUACUGGUGGUCCCUGCUCUACGGCACAGGGGUCCUUCUCCUCUGCGUCCUCGUCUGCAUGGUGGGGGCUCACCUCUACGCCAAGGCCACCUUCCUCAUCUUCCUGGUGGUCAUGUUUGUUCUGGGCACCGUCUUCAUCAGCUUCUUCGCUGUGGGCCCCCUCACCAUCGUCCUGCCCUCGUCUGCCUCCUUCAACGGGACGGGACCCUCGUUCCCCACCACCGCCAACUUCACCGGAUUCAAGCUGGACACGCUGCUGGGGAACCUGUGGGCUGACUACACUCUGGACUACACAACAGGAAACAUGAUGACUUUUGCCACCGUGUUUGCCGUCAUGUUCAACGGCUGCACCGGCAUCAUGGCUGGAUCCAACAUGUCAGGUGACCUGAAGAACCCGAGCUACGCCAUCCCCCGCGGCACCAUCACCGCCGUCAUCUUCACCUUCAUCAUCUACAACCUGCUGAGUGUGCUGGUGGCCUGCUCCUGUGACCGGGUCCUGCUGCAGAGGGACUACAGCUUCCUGAGAGACAUCAACAUCUGGAACCCCUUCGUCACCGUCGGGGCCUACUCCUCCACGCUCUCCGCCGCCAUGAGCAACCUGAUCGGAGCCUCGAGGAUCCUCUACGCCCUGGCCCGGGACGACCUGUUCGGGAAGGUGCUGUCUCCGGCUAAGAAGACGUCUCACAGCGGGAACCCCUGGGUGUCCGUCAUCAUCUCCUGGUUCCUGGUGCAGCUGGUGCUGUUCUCAGGGAAGCUCAACACCAUCGCCAGUAUUGUGACCAUCUUCUUCCUGCUGGUGUACGCCGCCGUGGAUCUGGCCUGCCUGGCUCUGGAGUGGGCCUCUGCUCCCAAUUUCAGACCCACCUUCCGGUACUUCACCUGGCACACCUGUGUGUUGGGGAUCAUUGGCUGUGUCGUCAUGAUGUUUCUCAUCAACGCCAUCUACGCCUCGGCCAGCAUCGCCUUCAUGCUGCUGCUCCUGCUGCUCAUCCACUACCUGAGCCCCACCUCCAGCUGGGGCUACAUCAGCCAGGCCCUCAUCUUCCACCAGGUGCGUAAGUACCUGCUGAUGCUGGACGUGAGGAAGGACCACGUGAAGUUCUGGCGGCCUCAGGUCCUGCUGAUGGUCUCCAACCCUCGCAGCAGCGUGGGAUUGAUCCAGUUCAUCAAUGACAUCAAAAAGAGCGGCCUCUACGUGCUCGGACACGUGCAGCUCGGAGACCUCGACACUCUCCCCUCCGACCCUCUGCAGUCGCAGUACGACUCCUGGCUCUCUCUGGUGGAUCAUCUGAACAUCAAGUCUUUUGUCAACCUGACGUUGGCCGACUCUGUGCGUCAUGGCGUCCAACAUCUGCUCUUCAUCUCAGGCCUAGGCGGGAUGCGUCCCAACACCCUCGUCCUGGGUUUCUACGACGACUCUCUGCCAAAGGACACUCUCAUCGACCCUUCUCUCUCCAUCUGUCCGACCUCUGACCCGCGGGAUCUUUACAGGACUUCGAUCAUGACCAGGAGACGCCUCUCUUCCACUUCUCCUCCGUUCGGGGGUCCGUUGACCGACAAGACGGCGGGGAAAGGCGACGGGAAGGUUCUCGGCCCUCAGGAGUACGUCGCGAUCAUCGCAGACGCCAUGAAGAUGCUCAAAAACGUCGUGUUGGCUCGAAACUUCAACGAUUUCGACCGCUCCGUGGUCCUCUCCCCUUCCUCUCCGGUGUUUGUGGACGUGUGGCCGGUGAAUCUCCUCCGCCCCGACAGCUCUAGCUACGUCGACACAUGCUCUCUUUUCCUGCUUCAGCUCGCCUGCAUCCUCAACAUGGUGCGGUCGUGGAGAAAAGCUCGUCUUCGUCUCUUUUUGUGCGUGGAGGAGGGUCGUAGCGUCCGGGGGUCGGAGGAGAAACUGGGUCAGCUCCUCAAAGAGCUGCGGAUCAAAGCUCAGGUGCUCUCCGUGCCCUGGGACCAGCAGGUGGCGCUACACUGGCAGCGGCAAGGCGAGAGGAAACAGCAAAGUGACACAACCAACGAAGACAAAGAGAAGAUCGAGGAGGAGGAAGAGGACUACGUUAACAGCUUCCCGAGUAACGCCACGCGACUUUCUGACGACUACCUCUCCGCCGUUAAUAAGCUGAUCUUAGACCCGGCGAGACCCCCCCCUGCUGUGCGCUUCCUGUACCUACCCAGACCCCCUGCUGACACGCGGCGCUACACAACCUACCUGCACCAGCUGGAGCUGCUCACUCAGGACCUGGGCCCCACGCUGCUCAUCCACGGAGUCACACCCGUCAUCACCACCGACCUUUAACCUCCCGCCUCUGAACAUGUUAAGAAAAUCUCACUCGUCCCCGGCUUGAGCUUCAAUCUCAGGAUCCAUGUAUUUGUGAUCCUCUCCAGAAUGGAAGUAGUCAUCACAUACAGAGCAUCAACUAGUUCCUGAACAGUGUCCUUCACAUGCUGAUAUCCAAGAGAGGGAGAUACACAGUCACAAGAUGGAGGAAUACCGGUUCUUCUUGGUAAUCAUACUGUACAUCCUGUCAUGUUCAAAAUACUGACUUUUUUCUCAAAAUGUUGGCUUUUUUUCUGACUUUCUCUAAAAAUUCCGACUUGUUUCUCAAAAUCUAAAUAUCCAGAUUUUUUUCUCAAAAUCUCAACAUUCUGACUUUUUCUCAAAAAUCUGACUUUUUCUCAAAAAUCUAACUUUUUCUCAAAAAUGUGACUUUUUCUCAAAAUCUCAAAAUUCUGAGAGGGAGUUACACAGUCACAAUAUGGAGGAGUUUUUAUCUCAAAAUGUUGGCUAUUUUCUGAAAAUCUGAAAAUUCUGUAUUUUUCCAAAAAUUCUGUAUUUUUCCAAAAAUUCUGUAUUUUUCCAAAAUUCUCAUACAUCCUGUCAUCUACACAGCUACAGUUGGGAUACCUUUGUUAUCAUGUGUACUCUAAUAUUGGAAGAGGACAUUCAGUAUUUUCCCAACAGAUAAGGUCUUUGUUGUGAUAGUUUCCAUCUGAAAGACACGGCCAAAAUCAAGCUUUUCAUCAAAUGUUUACAGUGUCAUAACGGGUGCUUUUCUGAAAAAUGUAUCAUCACCCGAAACCUCGGCAGCCUCUGAAAUAUGACAGCGGUGCUACUGCCUCAUUCUCACUGCCUCGCACAAUGUCAUGUCCAUACAGCUCCUUUUAGAAUAUUGAAAAUGAAUCCUGGACAUUACGCUUCAGGGUCUCAAACAUCCUGAGCGUCUCCGUUGAGUUCUCAGCUUGUAGCUCCAGUUUUCCCAAACAACCAUGAUUUUUAAACACCUAUUUUGAAUGUUAUCAGCCGAUUAGCGUUAUUAUUAUUAGUUAUCACCUCUUUCAUCAGACGAGCCAAACUGCUCCUAGUAUGUUUGAAAAAUGAUUAAAACAUAACUCUUUCAAUGUUAACCACACUAAAGCUUCUCGACUAAAAUAUUUUGAUGUUUAGGGACCAAAAUUAAAAUCGGUUAGGGUUGGGUAUCCCGAAUUUCUCGCUAUAAGGUAAGUUUCAGACACAGGCAAUUCAAAGUGCUUUACAGUACAUCAACAUUAACACUUAACAAGAAGACAAGAGAAAGCAACACAAUAAAUAAACAUAAUGGAAUAACACAUUCAUAAAACCCACGCAUAAAAGAGAUGCAGAAUAGUUUAAAAGCAACAUGGUAAUACAGUAGGUGCUAAAACAAGACUAUUGACUAUUAACACCUGACCACUGCCUUGGUGACUUUAUGAACAACUCAGUUGGCGUUGUCUUGUUGAAUUCCUUCUGUUGUGGUCUUCCAUAUGAAUAGAUGAUGAAACCCAGUAGUGGGUGAAGCCGCCUCUGACCCCCAUCUGUAAACGGCUGAUAACCACUGGUCGACUGAUAACAUUCAAACUGGGUGAUUUUAAGCCAUUCGGUCCACUUAGUUGCAUGAAACACUCAGACCGGCUGAAUGAACCGCAGCGAAGUUAACAGCUUAACAGAAAACUGUGCCAAUCACAAGCCUGCAGGACAAUUAUAAAUCAGUAUCUAAUGUUCAGGGAAACUUUGAGAUGAUCAGCCACGUCUUGAUGCAGAUCCACGACAGAGAGAACCUCAUCUGAACCCCCCUUUGUUUCCUUUCUUUAUGUGUUUUCUUGCUGCUCAAAUUCCCUUCAAACGAUCUUUCCAGAUGCCUUCAGAUCCAGAAGUGCCUCGCUGGUUUAGGGAGCUUUCAGUUUGGACUCUUUCCAUCUCUGACAGAAAGUUGGACCGCGUCUGAGGAAAUCUGCUUUUCCCAUUUGAGAAGCGUUAGAACAAAGGAAUCAGUUUAACACAAUGGUAACGGCGGUGCUACUCAAGAAGUCUUACAUCCCACAGAUAUUUCUACGUGGGAUCUCAGGGCGACAUUCCUCUUUUUCCAAAUGCACUUUUGUUCUUCCUCUACCAAACUGCAUGAUGUGCCGCGCUCCAAAAACUCCUUAAACAUGUUUACAGCGCCCAUUACUACUGUGACUACCCCGAUGUUUCACUGAUUUAACAUUGGUAUUUAUCUUUAGGUGCUUUUACAUUAAUUUUAUUCACGUUGCUUUUCCAACUUUAACGCUGAAGUGCUUAAAUUAAUCUUAAUAUUUGCCUUUACCCAAAGUAUUGUAACGUUUAAAGUGAAGCUAUGUAACUUCUGUAACAGGAUAAUGGUAACACAUAAUGAACCAUUUGCAAAAAGGAAAGGCAGAGAAAUAUAACGGCAUGUCAUCUGCAUAGCAUCAACCAUCUACAGAUGCUAACAUGAGCUAACCAAAGCCUCCAUAAAGUCACCCUGAGUUUACUGAACUGAGAUAAUUGUACGGUUUACAUCAUGUAAACUCAAUGUGUCCUUUGUAGGAGGAACAAUGUAGUAUCCGUUCCGUCAAAAGUUACAUAGCUUCUGUUUCACGUUUUGUGGCAAAUAGUAUUUCCAUUCCUUGAAGCGUCAAUCGUUUUUGUCCAACCCAGUUUAGAUUUGACCGAAAGCAUCGAUGCAGCUUCAUCCUUCCAGUUUUCAUCCCACUAAAGUUUUAAUUUGACAGCUACAGUUGCUUCAUAGAGAUUGACAAUUGAUGAGAUUGAUUGAAACUAGCACUUUUUAAAUGUGUAAGUAAAUGUUAAUUCAUGUCUUAAUUUGAAAUGGUAAAACGACUAUUUAUCAGGUCUCUUCAACCCCUCAAAGCUCUUUACAUACUACAAGUCAUUCUCCCAUUCAUGCACACACACACACACACACACACACACACACACACACACACACACACCAGACUUUAGUUCCACCUGGAGUAAAUUCACAAGCUACCCUGCAGUAUACAAAGUCAUUCAAACUAGCUGCACCUUUACUAGCUUUGAGAACACUUUCAUGAUCAAUCAUUAUAAAACAUAUCAUAUAUAUUAUUCAAGUACAAGAUCUAAGUACUUAUCCCACCUCUGUUUAUAUCUAUUAUAUUAAAUAAUCCGCUGUAUUGUUUUUCAGUGCAGUGACUGAAUGCUAACUGCUAGCUGCAGUCCGCUAACCCCCCAUUGAAGUUGUGCUAAACACUGAAUUUAUUAAAUAUUGCAUCCCAUAUUGUUUUUUUCCCCAAAGAGUAGGCGUGAUAUUACUUGAGGGCGUGGUCAAAUCUAAACUGGGUUGGAAAGACGCUUCUUUGACACAUCGAUGCAAUCUACUUUUCUCUAAAUGUCCAUUCCAGGUUUAUAAUGUGAUUUUUUGAAAUGCAAUCGGACGAAGUGUGAUACAUAUCUGAAGAAAUGCUGGUACUUGUAUUUGAACUUGUGUUUUAAAUGAGAUGUAUGUUUACUUUCUUAAACUCACAUGAGCACCUCAAAUAAUUAUUAGUAGAAGAGAUAAAGUGUGUUUGAUUUCCCGUUCAAAUCUGAGAUGUAUAUUUAUAUAUAUUUUACAGCAUGGAAACCGAUAUGACUGAAAGAAAAUAAAACGUUAUUGUAUUGUA